UCUACCAUUCAUUCUUACUGAAUUGAAAUUUUCUGUUAGUCUCAUCAUUCUUUCUAUCAUCUUUGUCUCUCUAAAAACCAAACAAUGACAAGCAAGAGAAAAGGGAAUUAGAAAGUGGAGGAACAUAAGAACUUGUGCAGUUCUUGGGUGACGAUAUCAGAAGAUGAAGUUGUGGGCGUCAAUCAAAUGGAUAAAAAGUUAUGGGAUAGAGUGGCGGCGCAAUUUUGAUCGAACGAUCGAAACACAUCUCGUACUAUCAAAAGCAUAUCUAAUCGAAUGGGCACAAUCACCAAAUACUGCAAGUGUUGGAAUUCAGCUAUCCAAAGGGUAGAGGAAUCAACCAAGUAGCACGAAUCAAAUGGAUGUGGUAUGAAUUCUCCAUCACCAUCACUAUUAUUUUCUAACUCGUUCAUUAGUACGUGUGUUCUAUUUUCUAACUCCUUUUCCAUCUCAUUCAUUCAUUAAUUCAUACGUAUAGGAGCAUAUGGCAGAACAGCUAUAUUUAAGUGAGGCCGAAGAAAAGGGUUGGAAUUUUGGUCAUUGUUGUUGGAUCUUGAAAAGAUGCCAAAAAUUUCAUAUCGUGAUAACAAUGUCGUCUUCAAAUCAAAGCCGCAUGAGUCAAGGUUCUAAUGGUUCUUUCAUGGGUCUUGGUUAUCAAUCAACACCACAGACAGACCUCAAUGACACAGAAGGAGACGAAGAAACUCCACCAUUCGUCGGAGAAACUCCACCCUUCGUCGGAGAAACUCCACCUUUCUUUAUAUCUCGCCCUACUGGACGCGGCAUACAGAAGGCGGCUAAGCAGAAAGGAAAGGGGACUACUGAGUCAUCAGAGAGCUACACUGCUCAAAUGAUGGAGUAUGGAAGUGAGUUGAAGGAGAGAAAUGCUUCGAGGGAUGAGUAUGAGCGAAGAAGGAUGGAAUUCCAAGAACAAAAAUCAAAGCGUGAUCAAGAAAAGUGGGAACUUGAGAAAAAAGGGAGGGAAGCAACACUAUUUCAGAACAACUUUGAUCUUCUUGAAAAGGACUUGUCGAAGUUGACACCAAAAAAGAGGAAGUUUUACAAAAGUCAUCAAAACAUGCUCCUAGGCUAUGAUCAAGAUGAUCCCAACUCUAUUCCCGACUAUUCAUCCAACGCAAGUCAAACAGGAGGUGGAGAUGGAAGUGGAGGAGGAGAUGAAGGUAGAGGAGUAGAUUACGGGAAUUACUAUUCUCUUCUGGGCGAUUAUUGACAUGUUAUGUGUUUCCUUUUUAUCAUUUCAAGUGUUGUGUGUUAUUUUUAAGCUUUAUCUUUUUCAAG